AUAUAACUGGUCACUCCAUAUAUAAAAUUGCUCAAUCUUGCCAAAAAUUACGCAACCUCGAUAUUGGUUUCUGUGGAAAUAUCACUGAUAAUUUCGUAUAUAAAACAGUAAAAGCAAGUUGUAAAUUAGAACUUCUGUGUAUUGGUGGAUUAAAACGGUAUAAGCCAAUUUCCGAUCGAACAAUAUCUGCAAUAGCCCACUCAUGUUCUAAUCUUUACCACCUUUCUUUAAAGGGUUGUCAUAAUAUUACUGAUAAUUCAGUUAAUACAUUGUUGCAACAUAUUCAUAAUUUAAAAUUCCUAGAACUAGAUCAGUGUAGAUUUAUUACCGAUUUAUCUAUCUGUAAUAUUGCUAGCUUUUGCCCGAAGCUCGAACAUCUUGACAUUGGCGCUUGCGAUGCUUCUGAUACAUCUAUCUGUAAUAUUGUGCGUUUGUGUAAAAAUUUAAAGUAUCUUAAUAUCAGGUGUUGUUGUCUCGUUACUGAUAUAGCUAUUAAUGAAAUCGCUCAACAUUGUUCGAACUUGGAAUUUCUUUCUAUAGUAGGCACAAAUGUUACUAAAAAUGCGUUGAACAAACUUAAUCCAAAGAUUAAGAUAAAGCGGGAUUCAACACUUGAAAUGGACCCAGAAAAAGAACUUGAUGAUCUACGGACAUCACUUGUUUAUUUAGUGCAGGAUUUAUGGUCAACUUAUGCGAAUCUCGAAGAUAUUAUACAAUACUGCGAAGACAAAAUUAGAGAUGAUCAUUAUCAAAAAUCAAUUGUGGAAUUGGAGCGGGAUAUGAGAGGUACAGCUGAAAGGCUCGGUUUGAUGGUACGUAUAUAUGGCCUUAAAGAGAAAAUUAAUUAUCAGCCUACAAACCCGGAAUAUGACACUAAUUAUGCUAUUACUGAGUUUGUCUCAUGCGAGAUAAAAUACAAAGGUAAAGAACCCUUAUCCUCACACAUGAAAUUCCAAACACCACGAAGCGAGUUCCAUCAAAAAUUACGUAAAAAUGAUUUCUUUCCCUAA